AUCUUCUCUUUGAUGAAUAUGCGGGACCAUACGAGCAAAGAGCAUUGGGAACAGAGUUAUGUCGAAUUACAGGAAAACCGUGCGUUGAUUGUAAUUUCACAAGACGUAAGCUCCCUGGUAACAACAAAGAUUGGCUCUACAAUGUCACCCUGCGGAGCUACUUGUAUAUAAAACAAACAACCACUAUGCGGAUAGUUGCAUCCACAAAAGGGGCAAGUGGCCAUUACAACAGCUUAGCAGACAUCACAAGGCCAGCUUGUCAAUGGCUGGAAUGGAUCAAGCCAUUUAUCAAUGACCUUGCUACACACGCUGGUUACAACCCAAAGGACAUCUGUCUUGCUGCAAUUCCGGGACCAUACGAACAACGAGCAAUAGGAUCAGAGUUUUGUUCGAUAUUCUGGGAGAAGUUGCGUUGA